AUGGAAAAUUCCAAUCAGACGUCCACUGAUUUCAUCUUAUUGGGGUUGUUUCCAUCAUCAAGAGUUGGCCUGCUCCUCUUCAUUCUCAUUGUUCUCAUUUUCCUAAUGGCUCUCUUUGGCAACCUGUCCAUGAUCCUCCUCAUCCUCCUGGACACCCAUCUCCACACUCCCAUGUAUUUCCUACUCAGUCAGCUCUCCCUCAUGGACCUGAACUACAUCUCCACCAUUGCCCCCAAAAUGGCUUCCAACUUUUUGCUCGGAAACAAAUCUCCUUCAUUGGGUGUGGGCUUCUUCUUCUUGACGUUAGCAGGGGCAGAAGACUUACUAUUGGCCUCUAUGGCCUAUGACCGUUACGUAGCUAUCUGCUUUCCUCUCCACUAUCCCAUCCAUAUGAGCAAAAGAGCGUGCGUGCUCAUGAUAGCAGGAUCUUGGGUAAUGGGUUCUAUCAACUCCUGUGCCCACACUGCGUAUGCCCUCCAUAUCCCUUACUGCCAUUCCAGGGCCAUCGAUCACUUCUGUGAUGUCCCAGCCAUGCUGAUUCUGGCCUGCAUAGACACCCGGGUCUAUGAGUACACAGUGUUUGUGAGCACCACCCUCUUCCUCAUGUUGCCUUUCAUUGGCAUUGCAUACUCCUAUGGCCGGGUUCUCCUUGCUGUCCACCGCAUGCACUCAGCAGAAGGGAGGAAGAAGGCUUAUUCGACCUGUAGCACCCACCUCACUGUGGUGACUUUCUACUCUGCACCUUUUGCUUACACUUAUCUAUGCCCGAGGUCACUCCGAUCUCCAACAGAGGACAAAUUUCUGGCUGUCUUCUACACCAUCCUGACCCCGAUGCUCAACCCUAUUAUCUACAGCCUGAGAAACAAGGAGGUGAUGGGGGCUCUGAGAAGAAUGAAUCAUAGAAUCCUUUCUGUGAAAAUGUAA